AUGUGGAGCGAUCAGUCGGAACAAAGCUGGGUUGUUGUCGCUGCUGCUGCUGCUGCUGCUGCUGUGGUAAAGGAUACCGUCGUCUCUCCCAAAGACCCUGUAAUAGUUUUUAGAAUAAACCUCACGAUGACCAACAAAACGACACCUCUCCUCCUCAAGGCGCUGCUGGAAAUGUCUGAAGCCCACUCUUCAAAAAUUAUGCGAGGAAACUCUAAAAGAGCCGAUUUCAGACACCUGAGCUCCUGUGGGGCCCUGGCAGUGAGGAGGACCAGCCUGCCCCUCUACCCCUCCACCUCCAUCAGCAUACCCAGCCGCAGCUUUAUCAACCUGGCUGUCCCUAUCAGCACCCGCAGGAUGGAGUACACCGAGUGCAGGACAUUAGGGUAUACUCCAGAGCAGAUGUACAAUGUGGUGGCCAGUGUGGACCAGUACCAGCACUUUGUUCCUUGGUGCAAGAAGUCUCGGGUCAUGAAGGGACGAAAUGGUGACGUCCGGGCAGAGCUUGAAAUAGGUUUUCCCCCGAUCGUGGAGCGCUACACCUCUGAGGUCACGGUCGUCCCAAAUCACCAAGUCAGAGCUGUGUGCACUGAUGGAUCCCUCUUCAGCCACCUUGAAACAAUAUGGAGGUUUGCCCCUGGAGCCAAAGACCUACCAGACUCCUGCAAAGUGGAUUUUUAUGUGUCAUUUGAGUUCAAGUCUCUUCUGCACUCUCAGCUGGCGAGUGUGUUCUUUGACGAAGUGGUUAAGCAGAUGGUCAGUGCCUUUGAAUCACGGGCCGCAGCACUUUACAGGACCCAGCAGGAUGUGUUUUUGAGGAGGCGGUCGACAUGAGGUGACCCCUCUGACCUCCCCUCAGUCCACUUGGACCUUUAACCAAACCCCGCCAGCCUGCCGCUCUUACCUGCUAUCAACUUCUCUCACACAGGAGACUGGAUCUUCUUUUUGCACUCACUCAUAUCUUAUUCAUAUCUUAUUUUUGAGUUGAGUUGACAUGCACAGGAAAUACACUUAAAACUUAUUUAUUUAUAAACCACAAGCUAAUGUAUUUACUUUCUUGUACAUACAUAUUUAUUUUACAGAUAGGAAUAAAUGCAUUGUUUAAAAUUAUGAUUUUGAACACAAAUGUUUUCUUUGUAAAACUGUGGGAUAAUGUACGGCCAAGAGUCUGCUCAGUGCUGAAACAUCUAAAAGGGUUAAGAGCUUUUUCUUGUCCAGCAUUUUUUCUGUCAGUGGAAUUAAAAAGCUCUUGUAAUCAGGUACACUUAUGUCCAAGCAUCAUUUAUGGCAUAUUUUUAAUGCACUUUUUUUAUGCAAACAGCAUAAAUGCCCUUUUUCUUAUUUGCUAUGGACCCCAACAAUUGGGCAAGACAAGACUCAAGCGAAUAUUUCCAUUGUUGUGGAUUUUGUCUGAAACUGAUUCUUCCUUGUUGUGUGGAGAAAAGUAUGUUCCUCCAUGAACAGAAGUGUAAACACAGUACCAAUGACUUGAGGCUGCAGAAUGUACUUUCCUCCCAACCAGGGCCUUGUUUCAGAAAGCAGGUUCAACAAACUCUUACUCUAACCUUGAACUCUGAAUUGACUAAACUUGAAAUGGGGAAACACUGGUGGGUUUUUUUUUUUUUUUUUUUUGGUGCCAGCACAGCUGAUCAGAGUUAGCUCAGCCAACUCUGAGUAUGUUCACUCUGAGUUAAGUGCCUGUCUAGUGAAUGAAAAAGAUGCCACCAAUGCAGCAGUGAGUUAAUACUACUUCAUUUUAUUCAGUGCUAGAAUCUGACGGCAUGUUGCGUUUUAAUUUUUAAAUAUAUUUAUUCAUUUGUAACCUGAUGGGGACAAAGCCUGGCGGCAGCAGAUGAAGUUAGACAGAUAAGACAUCCAUUUGUAGACCUAUUAUUGUAACCCCAUAGCCUGAUUGACUUUUGUGAUUUGCAGUUGAAGACACUUCUAGGUUAAAAGUGUAUUUAAAUAAUUAAUUAAAUAUAUAUGAUAUGAUAACUAUGAUAGGAAUGCUCCAUAAGUGCGACCAAUAAUUAUGUGAGAAAUAGGCAGGCCUAUUCUUUGAUCAGUAUCUUGUGUGAACUGAUCUGACUUGUCUUUGUUAAGCUUUGCUGUUGUUCUGCUGUAUGUCUUCUGUAUUAGUGUGUAAGUUUAUCGAGAAAGAAAAAACUGUCAGAUUCCUUGCUUGUGUUCGCAUGCUUGGGCAAUAAAGCUGCUUCUGAUAGAAAAUAAAGUUGUAGCCAUGACAGUAGACA